AUGUACUCGAUAGCCCGGAACAAGCACAUAGUUAUCCUUUUCUAUGACAAUGAAACCGAGGGCAACCCUGUGUACCGUUCCUUGCUGCAAGCUUUGAAUGACCUUCUGGAUGCUGUUCCUGGUGCUCCUAAGUUCACAUUUCCAGAGGAAGCCGAUCCCUUGUCACCUGGUGCUUGGAUCAUAGCUGCUUGUAGAUGUGAUUUUGUCAAAGCACCAUUCCCGAAUCUCAACCACUACCUCCCUGUUUAUCCACGGUUGCAGCUGGGUGACGACUGGGAGCCAGCAGUUGCUCAGGUCCAGGAGAAACUUCAGAAACGGAUUGCCAGCUGCCAGAGCAGGCUUCGAGCUCUUGCGGAUGAGGAGUCUGACAAUGAGUGGCAGGAAUCUCUUGCUCAACAUUUGCAACUUUGGGAGAGGAAGAAGGUCUUCUAUGAUCUUUUGAUUGGCAUGGACUUGCUUCCAAGUGAAGUUCCAGCAGAUGGUUCCUGUGCUCUUUGGUCCUUGUCUGCCAUGAUGGCUGGAUGCGCGAUACGAACAGCUCUGACAACCCCUGACAAGAUCGAAGGGAUGCGCCAGGACAGGGCCUUCAAACCCAGAAAUACCUUUGUUAAAUGA